AUUAAGUAUUUAAGAUGGGAAGUUAAUAAAAGGGGUUACUGACUCAGCAAGGUAGAUCAAAAUUGGUGUACAAAUCCCCUUUUCUAAGGUCAUCUCUUCCUCUAUUUAUACUUCCACUCCCAUGGCAAUGCCACUAUUUGAAAUCCCCAUAGCCAUGGCAAGACCUCCUUGCUGUGAGAAAGUUGGCAUCAAGAAAGGUCCAUGGACCCCUGAGGAAGACAUCAUACUUGUCUCCUACAUCCAAGAACAUGGUCCAGGGAAUUGGAGAUCAGUGCCCACAAAUACUGGGCUGUUGAGAUGUAGCAAAAGUUGCAGGCUUCGAUGGACUAAUUAUCUGAGACCUGGAAUCAAGAGAGGGAACUUCACUCCCCAUGAAGAAAGCAUGAUCAUUCAUUUGCAAGCUUUAUUGGGUAACAAAUGGGCAGCAAUAGCUUCAUACCUACCACAAAGAACAGAUAAUGAUAUAAAGAACUACUGGAACACCCACUUGAAGAAGAAGCUAAAGAAAUUUCAGCCUUCAACUACUGCAACUGAUCAGUUUGCUUCAAGUUCUUCAGCUGCUGCUACUACAUAUGCUUCGAGUACUGAGAAUAUUUCUAGGCUUCUUCAAGGUUGGAUGAGAUCAUCACUAAAGACGACUAAAAACGAUAGCAAUAGCUCUCUAGUCCUCAAAGAAACAACUUCCCAAGAUAAAAAAUGGAAAGCUGAACAAGAAGAUGGUGUUUUGAUCUCCCGUGAAGAGUUGGAGUUCAUUUUAUCGUUUGAGAACAUGAACAAUGUUGCAUGUGGAUCUACGUCAAAGGAUGCUUGUGAUGACGAUCCUCCAAUAUCGUUUCUUGAGAAUAAGAAGAAGAAGCAAAAAGCUGAUCUGAACACUAACAAGAAUAAUAAUAAUCCUCCAUUAUCGUUUCUUGAGAAGUGGCUCUUGGAUGAGAGUUCUGCAGGUCAAGUGGAAGAGAUGAAUCAGAGGAUGGAACUGUCUUCAAUUUUCUAAGUCUUUUCAUUUUAUUUUAAGCUUUGUUAAUGAAGAAGAAGAAGAAGCUAGCAGAGCUGCAGAUUUGUGAAAAUUUAGUAUGGUCCCAAAUGAUCAAAUUCUUCAUCUUCA